AUGUCGGGCCCGGUGGAUGACUCGCCGGCGAGCGUGAUCGCCGGACCGCCUCCGCAGUCCUGGGAGUUCGACGUGCUCGCGGCCGCCGAGGCGGGCGGUUGCGGGUUGAGGGAGGUUGCCUGGGAAAUUUUUCAGUCCACCGGCGUGACCGAGCGGUUCGGGGUGCCGGACGAGAGGUUCAAGGCGUUCCUCGGGCGGAUGGAGCUGCUGUACUCGGUGGAGAAUCCGUACCACUGCGCGCUGCACGCUGCGGAUGUUCUCGCGGCGACGCACUGCCUGCGCAUGGGAUUCCCCGACGUUUUCGACGACGUGGAGGUCCUCGCGCUGUACAUAGGCGCGCUGGGCCACGACGCGGGUCACUUCCGCCUCAACAACGCGUUCCUCAAGAACAGCAAGCACACGCUGUUCCGCAAGUACCCGGACUCGGUGCUCGAGAACUUUCACCUCGGGCUGGUGUUCGAGCUCGUGGAAGACCCGGAGGUUGGCAUCGCCGAACACUUGGACCCCGCGCAGCUGGCGAGGUUCAAAGAGCUCGUCACGAACCUCAUCCUUGCGACGGACAUGAGCAAGCACAGGAUCCUGGUGGACAGAUUCAAGGAUUGGAUGACGAGGUCCAAGGAGGAACACGCGCGGCGGCGCAGGGACGCCAUGCUCCACGACACGAUCGCGUCCGACGUCACGGGCACCAGCGACGGCGACGGCGACGGCGACGGCGACGGAUCGAUCGCACCGAGCGACGCCGGGACCGCACCGCACGGAACCGUCACCGAAGACGACGGAUAUCGACGAUGGGCCGGGUGGGUCGAGCCCGCGGUUGCCGACGCGAGCCCCGAGGAUAAGACGCUGGUGAUGCAGCUGUUGCUGAAGUGCGCCGACCUCGGGAACGUGGUGCGGCCGCUGGAGAUGGCGGACGCGUGGGGUAAGCGCAUCAUGGAGGAGUUCUAUCAGCAGGGCGAGAAGGAGCUCGCGUUGGGCUUACCGCUGACGACGUUUCCGAAUCGCAAAAAUUUCGACUACAUAUUCGCGAGGCACCAGAACGGGUUCCUCGUGAACGUGGUCAAGCCGUUGUUCGAGACGUUCACGCAGCUUACGGACGACGACACGCGCGAGAGCGUGCUGAGCUCCGCGGCGGAGAACGGCGACGCGUGGUCGCACAGAGAGAACGCCAACCGACCGGGCGCCAACAAAGGAGGCGGCGCGAAGAAGCAGAGGAGCAGGGAGGGGUCCCUGUCACUCGCGCAGCGAUCGAGGAGCAGCUUCUCCAACGCGAGAAGCGGCUCGUUGAGGUUCAAGGGAAACACGCAGCACUGGAUGAAGGCGUUCAAGGAGAGCAACCUCACGAUGCUCACGUCCAACGCCAUGGAGAUGAAGGGCUUGGAGAUUGCGUUUGAGGAAAAUUACGGCGCGGGCGACGAGGUCCGCGCCGCGGUGCGACUGUGCGUCCCGUUCAUUCCAAGGCUGGAGCUCAUACGGCUCGCCGAGCUCGGCCUCCUGGGCAUGAGCGACGGCACUGUUGGCUCCGCCAAGCGCCUGCCCUUCCUCAAACGCAUGGAACACUCGCGGACGAUGCCCGUCGUCGACGUCACGGCUCACGCCGCCGCUCACCUCCAAUCAGGCGUGGACUUUGACGCUGCGGUGACAGUGGUUUCGUUUGGGGGUUUUCUCGAGCUCAUGCGACGCGCGUUGGACGGGGAGAGGAGCUCAGACGGGCGGGGCGACGGCGCGGGCGACGAUGACGACAGGGCGCAGGUGGUGUCCGGCGCGCUUUCGAAGUUGUUGGGUCAGGCGGUGAGAGCCGUGCACGCGAAUGGGGGCGACGUGGUUCGCAUGGGUUUCGACGGGAUGGCGUGCGUGUUUCCCAUGUCCGGUCCGGGCGGCGUCGGCCGGGACGUCGCGGUUGGCAGAGCGGCCGGGGCGGUGCUGAGGGCGUCCAAAUGCGCGUUUCAGCUCGUCAGCCAGCUCAGCUUCAGCACCCCCGAGCUCUCCGCGGUGAACGCCGACGACGAGGCGACGCUCACCCCGGCGCAGACGUGGCCGGGGCUUCGCAAGUACUCGGCGGGUCUCCGCGUGUUGGUGGUGGAGACGUUGCAGCUGUCGCGGAUGACGCUGGGCAGGCUGCUCGAUCACUUCGGCGUCAUGGCUCACUUCGCGGAAAACGCCAGCCAGGCGGCGGCGGCUUGCGCCAACAUGGAGUUUGACGUGAUGUUCAUGGGGCUCAUGUUGCCGGAGGUUGACGGAUACGACGUGUCCCGGCACAUUCGCAAAUACGGCGGACCCGUCAACGCAAAGGCUUACAUCGUGGCGCUCACCUCCGUCGACACCCCCGAGCUCCUGAGUCAGUGCCAGGCGGCUGGCAUGAACGAGGUGAUGCAGAAGCCGACGAGCAUGAAGCUCUUACACGGCGUGUUCAAGCGCGCCAAGCGCCACGCGCGAGAGGAGAAAAAGAGGGCGAAGAUGUCCAGGGGUCGGCUCAAUCUCGGCGGAUUAUCCGCCGACGAGGUGGCUCUCCACGAGCGGCAAAGGCCCCGCAGGAUAAACUCGUACGCUCCCGUGGACCCGUUCGCGAGGCGGGAGAAGGAUCUCGACGCGACGGACAACGACAAGGAAAAGGACAAGAAGUGCGUCCCGGUUAACCUGCCCAGGUACACGGACAUGCUUCUCGCGUCGUCCGCGGCUCGAGCCAGGCAAGGGUCCGCGUCAACCCAAUCGUCGCGCGUCAAACCCGGCCGGUUCGACGGCGACGACGACGCUCGCGGGCCCCGCGGGUUGCUCGCGAGGAUCGCGGCGGCGUUGUGCGGCGGCAGAGGGCGACGAGCGGCUGAUCCGGAGCCCCCCGGCGGAGGCGGCGCGACGGAGAGGGACGAGCGGGGAGCGGAUAGGGAUUCGCCCGUCGGCGUCGCAGGGUCGUACGCGAGACCCAGCAUCGACGUUCGCGCCUCGCCGGUGGCGCUCGCCAAGUACAAAGGAUCUUCUUCCGGCGGCGACUCGGCUUCUAAAUCCACGGAGGGCGCGGUGGCGGCGUACAAGCCCGGGGAGGAUGAGAAGGGGGAGGAGCUGUUCGAGAGCGACGACGACGACGACGACGAGUCGGACGACGACAUGCCGGUGUGCAUAACGGUCACGGCCACCGUCGGUUUCGGCAGGGUGGCCGUCGUUCGCGUGGGCGGAUCGUCCGCGUACGCGGUGAACACCUCGAGGGACGCGCUCGUGCGGGCGCAGAGGGAGCGGGGUCAGCACAACGCGAGCCCGAUUCGGGAGGAGCGCCAGUCGUCGGGCUCGGGCGGGGAUAAGAGCUCUAAACCCGGAACGAACCGGAACGUCUCCGGGAACCUUUCCGGGAUGACUUGGGACGACGCCGUCGACCUCCUGAUAAACGCGUCGCGCGACGAGGUGUUCGCCAUCGACGCUCCGAGCGGCGGCGGCGGAGGAGGAGGCGCGUGUCCCGCCGCGGCGAGGGCCGCCGCCGGCGGUCCCGGCGAGGGUGGCCCGUUUCAGCAGUGCGCCACCAUGUCGCUGCUCAGCACCGCCGGCGACGCGACGAUGUCGCCGGUGGCGUGGAGGAUCGUCCGCGAUCACGUCGUGGCGGACGCGCCCCCGAGGCUCAGAGGCGGGGUCCGGCUGAACAGGCUGCACGUGCACGAGGUUGUGCCCCCGCUAACCGAUCACGUGCUCGCGCAGACGAGCAUCUUCUCCAUCAUCCCGCGAGCGCCGGAUCCGGUGCUCGCGCUGAUCGGCCUCGCGGGUUUGCUCCCGCGGCCGCUGCGAGCCGCCAUCCUGGACGUCGCGCCCGCCACCGCGCAGGCGCUGGAGCAACAGGCGAGGAUCAUCGAGGAGCGAGCGAGCGGCGACGGCGGGUCAGACGCCGGGCAAUCGGGAAGCGGUCGACACGGCGCCGGGCAAUCGGGAAGCGGUCGACACGGCGCCGGGAUGGGCGGAUCCACCGCGACCACCAACCGAUCCGAGGGCAGCGCGCACGGCGGCCGGCUCGUCGUGGAGAUGCCCAAGCUCACGGCUCGGAUAUUCGACGCCGUCGAGGUGGUGAUGUGCGUCCCCGGGCCGUCGUCGGCGGUCAAGGGGCACUGCGUGUGCGGCGACACCACGGAGAUCAACGCCAACAUAUACACGACGGCGACGGCGGCGGUGAUGGAUCUGGUGCUCAGGUUCCCGGGCGCGGUGGUAUCGCGGGUGACCAGCGACGUGCUGUUCCGGCGGGACGUGGACGCGGCGACGGGCGGCAGCGGCGGCGGCGGCGACGGCGUGGUGUACUACUGCACCUUCCCCAUCGCGGCGCUGGGGGGCAAGGGCAAGGAUCCGUAUUCGUCCUUGUUCGACACCGGCGGCAGCGGUAACGGCGGGAACGAGGGAGGACGAGCGGGGCGCGCGCUGGCGUCGGAGCGCCUCCGCGAUACCAACCACCAGGCGCCCGUCAUGGCGGUGGCUUUCGCGCUCGCCGCCAGAGCCGCCAUGGCGCACCUCGGUCACACCUCGGUAUCACUCGGAGUGGCGAUGGGAGAAACCGUCGCCAUGCCCGCGGGGGAGCAGGGCGAUCGCUGCGAGUGGUCCGUGGUGGGCGACGCGGUGUCCAGGGCGGAGCGGCUCGCGGAGUUUGCCGACUCGGAGGUGCUCUGCGACCUGCGCGUGCAGCGCGCGUGCGUCGGACAGCGCCUGGACUUUGAUCCGGUUCCGCACGCCUCCGGAGACGACACCGCUCGAGCUCGAAACCUCGCGCCGGGGGUGCUCGAUUCGAUCCUCGCCAAGGCGUCCGCGUCCGCCGCGGGGAAAGGGGCGGGCGAGAGCGGGAUGGGCGGGAUGGGCGGGUCGGACGGCGGCCGGGGGGACGGCGGCGUGUUCGGGGGGAUGACGUCGGGCAUGGGGGUGCUCGAGCUUCGCGAACGCGGGAAGGAACCGGGCGACGGGUUAGCGCCGGGGCCCACCGUGCUCAUGCCCGCGGAUUUGGUCGAGACGUACGGCGAGACGUCCAAGGAACGGAGCAGACGCAAGAGGGACGGCGCGACGAUCGCGGAGGAGGAGGAGGACGGGGGAUCUUCCAACAGGGGUUCCACAAACAAGAGGGGCUCCGCCGGUGGAAAGGAUCCGGACUCGAAGAAUUCGUCCAAGGAUGAGAUCUCGUCCAAGGAUGACGCCACGACGGAACGCGCGGCGAAACCGUCACCGUCGGCGGCGACGGCGCUCUCGGCCGCCGCCGCCGCGUGCGCCGCCGCGGACGCGCUGUACCGCGCGGAGCGCCCCGGUCGUUCCGCUCGCGCCAAGCGCCCGCCCAAUUUGCCCGCCAUCUCCCGCGAGGCGACUCUGAUGGCGGCUAAACGCGUCGUCACCGAGGCGCAGGAGUCGAUGUCGCCGAGGCUGCUCUUCCUGGAGGGUCCGCCGCACUCGGGUAAGACCAAGGCGGCCUCCGCGGUGCUGGACAUGCCGGAGGUGCGACGCCUGUGGCUUCUACGCGUGCGGGGAUGCCAGCCCGAGGGAUCCGGUUCAUUGGCGGGCGCUCAGCCGCUCAAGCCGUUCGUCGGCGUCUUUCGUCAGCUGCUCGGGUUCGCGGAGGAGACGAGCUGGCGAUCGAGGAAAAACGCCACCGUGGCGCUGUUGGAGUCGUGCGGCGACGCCCUCGACCGUUUCGGCCGUUACGCGAAGCCCAUCCUCGAGCUGCUCGAGCUGGAGGAACCCGAGGGUUACUCCGCGGACGGCAAAGUUCGCGGCGGCGGCAGCGGCUCCGGGUCGCAGGGCGGCGGCAGCGGGGCGCAGGGCUGGCAGGGCGCGGGCACGAGCGACUCCGGCAGCGACAGGCUCUCCGACGGCAGGCUCAGCGGCUUCGGCCUGGCGCUGGGCGAGCGAACUCCGAGUUUCAGCGGCGCGUCCGGGGGCAAAGGCCCCCCGUCCAGGUCCAACUCGAGGAGGGACGCGGGUCUCAGUCUGGCCGGUGCGCCGGCGAGGGCGCCGUCGGGAUCGAGCCGCGCAUCCGUCGGCCGGAGCGGGUCGCACGCGGGGAGGGGCGCCUCGUUGGGCUCGGGAUCGGGAUCCAGGUACGGGCAGACAAACAACGCCGAGAUUAACAUCCUCGACGCCAUGACAUCCGCGGCGGUCAACGACGCCUACGAGUUCCUCUCCCCCGUGGCCACCGCCGCGCUGCUCGCGGACGGAUUCGGCGAAUCGUACAUACCGCUCGAGCCCCACGUCUUCGACGAGACCGACUCGGACUCGGAUGGCGAUCGGAACGAGGGCGAGGGCACGGAUCGGGAAUCUCCCGCGAAGCAAGGUACUCGCCUGAAUCCGCGCGCGCUGGGCGACGUCAACGUCGCCAUAUCCAACGCGCGCAGGCGUCAGUCGAUGGACGUGGUGCCCUCAAACUCCGUCGCCAGACGGCAGCUCUCGACGAGCGGCGCUCUAAAGGAGAUAAAGUCAACCGGGCGGUUGUCUCUGGAUUACUCCUCCGACGAAGCCGUCGAUCCGCCCAAGAUUGGCAUCGGCACGUACCCCGUCAUCGCCGGGAGGCUCAGCGCGUCGGUGGCUUUCACCAGGCAACGCAACGGAGUGCAACGAAGGGACCACAACAGCCGUUUCACCGCGUGCGUCGACAGGCGAAAGCUCUCGCUCGCUUCGCUUCUCAUCUCGGAGGAGGGGGUCAAGCGCGCGUGCAAGGCGCUGGCGCUGAUGCUGCAGCGGCUUCUGUUGGGGCGAUCGACCCAGGCGGCGCCCGCGCAGCCGUCUAUUCCGGGUUUCCUCCUCUUCGUGGAGGAUGCGCACAUGCUCGAUCCGCUGUCCAUGGGACUGGUCCGCGCUAUUCUCGAGGAGUGCAGCAUUCCGCUGGUGGUGAUGAUGACGCACCGCGAGCGAGUUUCCAAGGUUUCCGGCGGCGCGCCCGGCGGCGGCGGUCGCAAACUCGACCACCGCGGCGGCAGCAGCAUCCGAAAGGGGGGCGCCAAGGCUUUGCACAGGCUGGAGUCCAUCCCUUCCGGCAGGAACCUCGCGCUCACGGAUGCGUCCCAUCCGAACCCAUCCGACGCUUACAAUAACUUCAACACGCGCCGAUCGACGGACGAAGCCCCAACCAACCAAGCGGCCAAGAACGAAGCGUCUCGGCGAACCAUCGAGCACAUGGCGAUCGUCGACGCCACGAGCAAGGCGUGGGAUCGGCAGGCGAGGCGGCAGCUGGAGAAAAUGUUGGCGCAGGCGUACUCCACGACGGUGGACCUGGCUCCCAUGUCGCAGUCGGACCUGCGAGCCUUGGUGGAAAACUGCGCGGCUUCGCGGCUCCUGCCUAAGGACGACCGCCGCGCCUCCGACGGGCACGUCUCCGACCACCAGGGCUCCGACUCGGACAACUCCUCGCAGACGAGCGCGGGAACCAGCGCGAGCGGCUCGUUCGCGUCGACCCGUCGAGCCGAAAUCGUUGGUCUCCCCGCCAGUCUGCACCAGGCGAUUUAUUCGCAGACUGGCGGUAACGCGCUCUUCGCCGUCGCGACGUGCGAGCUCCUCUGCGACUCGGGGGCGGUGUCCGUCACCGAGAGCAAGACGCACGGCGGCGUGAGGGAGGUUAAGAUUCGCGCGGACGAGUCCAACCUGGCGCUGUCUGCGUCGAAAAUCACAUCCAUGUCGCUGGCGGAGGUUACAGCGGAGAACAUCCGCCGGUCGCUCUCCGACGACGCAGCCGUCGCCAUCGGCGUCCUGUCCGCGCUCGGCGAGUGCUUCGGCGCCGCGCACGCGUGCGAGGUGGUCACCCGCGCCCUCGCCAGGGCGUCGCGCGAGGAGGACCCGCAUCAUGGACCGAUGGACCGUGAGGAGCAGAGACUCCGCUCGGAAGCCGCCGCGCGCGCCGCCACCGCCGUCGUCGACAUCUUCGUCGGCGAGUCGUCGCGCAUCAGCGUCGACGGCGUGCCACGGAUCUCGUUCGCGCCCCCCGAGAAGGAGAGCGACGCGCUCGCCGUCGAGGCUGGUCUCGACGCGCUCGAGUACUCGUCGCGCGCGGCGACCGCCGUCUCCGAGCUGGUCACCCGAGGGUACCUCACCCCGGAUUGGGCCUCCGUUGACGACGCCUUCGGCACGGCGGAGGUUCUCGCCGCCCUCGCGCACGUCGAGUUCGCGGGCGACGGCCUGGACUUUCCCCUGCGAAAGCCCAAGUCCAUCGGGGACCACUACGUCGGACGACCGCGCGGGGGCGAGGGCAGCCGGGGUCGAAUGGGGCGCGUCGCGUCCCUUCGAUUCGUCAACGACGCGACUCGAAGAAGCGUGUAUAACUCUGUCAAUUCGAGACAACGCCGCGCGGCGCACAUCGACGCCGUUAUCUCCCUGCGCGAGGAGGCGACGAGGGCGGAGGAGUGGCUCAACGACCCGGCGGCGGCGGCGUCGAUUCACGAAGCCGUCGCGAAGCACCUCGCGGUGCUCUCCGCCGCCGACGUCGCCGCGCUGGAAGCGGAUGAGCGGUUGCGAGAAAAGGAAACCGUCCGCCAGCUGGGCGCCGUGGAGGUGCACACGAUCGGCGGAGGCUACGCCGCGCGCCGCCACUCGUCUGCGUCCACGGUGGAGGCUACCGACAGCGAGCGGUCCCUGGGCACCCUCGCGAGCACCGGCACCCUCGCGUCGUCCUCCGCCGAGAGCGGCGGGUGGACCGCCGACGUUCACCCGCACGAGGCGGUAGCCGCCGCCGGCGCCUUCGCCCUGCGCGUGCGGUGCCACGAGAACGCCGCGCUGGCGCACCUCCGCAGGGGCACCCAGCUGCUCGCCCUCGCGUCCAUCGCGAGCGCGGGGGUGGCUGCCGCCGCCUGGACGGACGCGUGCGUUCCCCUCGGCCGAGUGCUGGCUCGAGCCGGCGGAGCCGUCGACGCGAAAAACGCCAAGGCGAUCAGAGCCGCGCUGCUCGACGCGGACGAUCGACGGACGCUCGCGGUGAGGAGCGCGGCGUGGGCGAUCCUGGCGAACAGGCUGACGCUCGGGUUGGGAGACGGGACCCCGCCGCUGCUCUUCUGCGGGUUGCGCUCGGGGGCGGACGACGGAGCGUUCGCGCCCCUCCGCAACUUGCGCCGCGGGAUGCAGAUUUUGGGCGUGAGAUGGCCGCUGGACGACCCGCGCAUGACGCGCUCCGGCGACGCCGCCGCCGAGCGACGGGCCCUUAACCUCGUGCAAUCCAUGUUCCCCGCCGCGUUCGGGCGCGACGGGAGUGGGGUGACGUGUUUCAACAACGGCGGGUGCGUUGAUUCCGACACGAUUAUCCGAAAGCUGUCCGGAAGGUCCAAGCACGUGGAGCCCGCGGUGCGCAGGGCGGUGGCCAAGCUCGGGAUGGACUUUUACGGCGAGAUGGAGCAUCACGGCGCGGGUGCGGGCGGGGCGGCGGCGGUUGGAGCGCGGGGUUUAGACGCGAGCGUCAUGGCCGGUCACGACGCGUGGGCCAUGGAGGUCGACGAUUUCGAGCCCAUCGGCGCCAUGCCCCCCGGCAUCGGCGACGUGGUGGCCUACGGGAAACAGCUCUCGAAGGACAAGAACGUGUCCAAGCAGACCCGCGACGUCGCCAGGAAGACCCUCGCGCUCGUCGCCUGCGUCGAGCUGAGUCUCGUGACGAUCUGGUCCGGGAGGUUGCAACCCGCGUGUCACGCGGUGAUCGCGCACGGCCGCGCCUUCGCCGACUGCGGACAACAAUCCGUCGUGGACGCCGCCGCGCUGGUGGCGGCGGCGGCGGUGCUCAGCCCCGAGCGCCAGCGCGGCGAUCUGCUCGACGCGGCGCAGAGGAUGCUCGACCUCGAGGGCGCGUUCGUGGCGAGGUUGACGGACGGGGAUAAGCCGCGGGUUGGCGGACCGUCGCCGCCGCAGGUGGCGGCUGAGGGCGCUGUCGCCGCGAGGGCCGCGAGGGAGGCGACAAAGCUCCGCACCUCCACCGACGCUCGAAGCACCCUGGCGCAGGGCCCGAAACAGAAGCUCACGUUCGCGAGGACGCCGCCGCCGCCCCGGUCCGGCCCCGCGCUUCUCCUCGUCUCCUUCGGCAGGUGCUGCCAGGGCGAUUGGGUCACCGCCAGGCACGCCGCGGGCGCGUGCGUCGCCAUCACCGAGAAGGGAUGGGGCGACGCGAGGCUCGGGGACCUCGCGAGGUGCCUGGGCGCCGUGGCGGACGCGCACCUCGGCCGUUGGGAAGAUGCGCUGGCGGCGGCGACGAGUUUGAUGCACGACAGGUCGUCGCACGCGGAGAUUGCGCCGUGGUGCCUGGCGACGCGCGUGGCGGCGCUGACGGCGACGCGGCGGCCGGAAUCGGCCGUCGCGCUGUGGAAAAAGGCGUUAAAGCGCGAGCCCUUCGCGGGGUUGCGCCUCGGGAAAACCCCGCUCUCGACCGCCGCGGAGGCUGGCGCGGACAUGCCGGCGUUUAUCGCCGCGCGAGCGUUUGCGGCGCAGGCGCUUUGGGCGGCGGGCGCCGCCGAGGAGGCUGUCGCGAUGAUCGAACAGCUGUGCGCGCAGUUGCGGACGGUGGCGCUCGCGGCGCACCCGCUGAUGCCCUCCGCCGCGCUCGCCGUGGGAGAGACGGUGGCUCGGGCGUCGUACGUCGGAUUGGUGUCGAAGAGACAAGGGCGGGAGAUGAUGGCGCACUGUCACUCGUUCCUGGCGCAGAGGGCGAGCAGGCUGCUGCCCUUUGCCGCGGAUCUGGCCGUCAAGCUGCGCAAGGUGGCGCCGCCGGGGUUCAUCUAA